AGAGCCGCCCUUGGGCUGCUGUAGUGCGGUCGCAGCAUCCCGGAGCUCUGCUCUGCCCGGAGCUCUGCUCUGCCCGGAGCUCUGCUCUGCUCUGCCCGCAGCAUCCCGGAGCUCUGCUCUGCCCGGAGCUCUGCUCUGCCCGGAGCUCUGCUCUGCUCUGCCCGGAGCUCUGCUCUGCUCUGCCCGCAGCAUCCCGGAGCUCUGCUCUGCUCUGCCCGCGGCAUCCCGGAGCUCUGCUCUGCCCGGAGCUCUGCUCUGCUCUGCUCUGCUCUGCCCGCAGCAUCCCGGAGCUCUGCUCUGCCCGGAGCUCUGCUCUGCUCUGCUCUGCCCGCAGCAUCCCGGAGCUCUGCUCUGCCCGGAGCUCUGCUCUGCUCUGCCCUGCUCUGCCCGCAGCAUCCCGGAGCUCUGCUCUGCCCGGAGCUCUGCUCUGCUCUGCUCUGCCCUGCUCUGCUCUGCUCUGCUCUGCCCGCAGCAUCCCGGGGCUCUGCUCUGCCCGCAGCUCCGCUCUGCUCCGCCCGCUAAUCCUGCUCGCAGCGCAUCCACUGCCGCUAGCGAGGCAUCCCUCGCCCGCACGGCCGGCUUGCGCCAGAGAAUCUGACACAAACUGAGGCUCCAAAAUGGAAGCAAGAGGCAACCAGAUCAGCAUCCAUAGCUGGAACAACAACAGAGACCUGCUCCGCCGCCUGGCACAAGAGAAGAGGAGGAGGCUGGUGGAGGAUAAAUGUACAUUCUGGGAGAAGACUCCUGUCUUUCCCAAACCCUACAAGACCCAUAAAGAGGAUGAGCUGGCACGGCGCAUCAAGCGCCUGCUGGGCGAGUGGGACCCCAGGCUGAUCCCGAGGCACGAGUCCCCUCCAGCACCUCUGUGGCUCCCAGAAAAGCCCAAAUCCGAGGCACAGACCUGCAGCAAUGGUCUGGCCAGGAAUACAAAGCCAUGUGAGGACAUACAGAAGGAAUCCUCACUGGUAUCACUAGACCUCAAGCCUAACACUGAGCAGAACCGUGGUGGCUGCAAUGAAAGUGUCUCAAAUCAGAGGUCAGAAGCCAAAGCUUCACAACCCAGAAUCCUUCCUGAGCCUGUCAAGGUCUCAAGUCAGAGGUUGCCACAGAGGUCAGAAGCCAAAGCUCCACAACCCAGAAUCCUUCCUGAGCCUGUCAAGGUCUCAAGUCAGAGCUUGCCACAGAGGUCAGAUGCCAAAGCUCCAGAAUCCAACAUCCUUCCAGAACCUGUCAAGGAAAAGAAGCCCAUUGAUGUCCCCACCACUGAAAAAACUUUGAAGGUUGUGAAAAAGCCACGUCCUUCACUUGCUUCUGCAAGUCUGGCCUCCUGGUGGGCUGGCAGAGCUGUCCAGCCCCAGCAGAAGAGGAUGGCACCAGCUCAGCCCAGCAGCUGGGGCUCAGGGAGCCCCAGGGACCAUCACAGCUCCCCAGCACCUCCAGGAGCUCCAGCACCAGAGCCCAUCAUGCACGUUUAUGUGCAGUCCAUUGAAGGAAUAUUGAAGGAAAUGAGCAGCCCCCUGUCACCUCUCCUGCCACCUCUUCAGUCACCUGCUAGGGCAGAGACUUCCAAACUUCCACUGGAGGCAAAGGAAAUAAAUACUGAAAUUGAUGAGCCAUCCAUUGAGGAAAUUUUGAGGGAAAUGAGCAGCUCUCUGCCACCUCUCCUGUCACCUCUUCAGUCACCUGCUAGAGCAGAGACUUCCAAACUACCACUGGCAGCAAAGGAAUCCCAACCUGAUGGAUCUGCAGCACAGAAGCAGGAGCAGGCUGGUGCAGCUUCAGAAACAUUGCAGAGUUCUCAGCCAAGAACACUAGCUGUCCAGCCCCAGCAGAAGAGGAUGGCAGCAGCACAGCCCAGCAGCUGGGGCUCAGGGAGCCCCAGGGACAGCCCCAGCUCCCCAGCCAGUGACACAGAGAGCAGCUCCAGUGACAGUGAGGAGGAAGGUCCCAGGGUGCUGGACGUGCCAGCACAAAAGCCUGAGCCACCAGCUUAUAACAAGUGGUGGCUUGGCAACCUGCUGAGGCAGGCAAAGCAAGGAGCAGGACCAGGAGAGGCUCCCAGGGGAGCUGCCUGUGGCAAUGGAUGUGAGCAGGGCAUCAGCAGCAGCUCCUGCCAGCAGCUGUCCAAGGCAAGGGAGCCUCCAAACAAGAGCUGGGGCCCAGUGGCCAAGGACUGCCACAAGAGCUCUGCCCCCCUGGCAAAGCCUUCCCAGGUGGAUCAGGCUCCUCAAACCAAGCAGAGCUGCCUGGAGCCCCACAAAGAGAAAGUGCCCUCACCUCCUGAGGAGAAGUUCAUGACUCCAAGGAAGCCAGAACUGAAGAGAAAAGAAAUGAAGAGUCCUGAGGAGUCCCCUAGAAAGAAGAAGAGGGAAGACAAGGGGGAUACUCCCAGGAAGAAAAAGGAGUGAGAAAAAAAUCCCCAAAAAGCUUCACCUUCAGCAAA